CGCCGUCCCCGUUGGGGGUUCACGGAGCUGCUCCCUCCGUCCCUGUUGGAGCUUCAGGGAGCUGCUCCCUCUGUCCCCGUUGGGGGUUCACGGAGCUGCUCCAAGCUCUGGGUCGCCUGCGAUGAGGAUCCGCCUGGCGAGAAGGUGGACGUGGGUCCGCAAAAGCUGCGUUGUUCUCGGCUUCCUGACGGUCGCUUACUUGGUGGUGGAGCUGUCGGUUUCUUCCCUGGGUGCCUCCCUCGCCGGGGAGAGCAGCACCAAAGGGAAGCGGGAGAGGCGCUUUUCUGACGGGGCAGAAGAUGCUGUGGAUUUGGCUCGUCCGGUUUAUGACAAAUCGCCGCCUGAUCCCAGCGCCCCAGGAGAAUGGGGUAAGCCCUUUCGCCCGCAGCUGAGCCCUGAGGAAAAGAAACAGGAAGAAGAACUGAUUGAGAAGUACGCAAUUAAUAUUUUCUUGAGUGAUAAAAUCUCUCUCCACCGGCACAUUGAAGAUAAUCGACUGAGAGGCUGUAAAACUAAAACUUAUAACUACAGAAGACUGCCCACAACAUCUGUUAUAAUUGCUUUUUACAAUGAAGCUUGGUCAACAUUGCUGCGGACGAUACACAGUGUACUUGAAACAUCACCUUCAGUGCUUCUAAAAGAAAUUAUACUGGUGGAUGACUUGAGUGAUAAAGUUUAUUUGAAGGCUGAACUUGAAAAAUACAUAAGCAGUCUGCAAAGAAUUCGUUUAAUAAGAACCAACAAACGAGAAGGAUUAGUUCGUGCGCGCUUAAUUGGUGCUACCUUUGCUACUGGUGAUGUCCUCACAUUUCUAGACUGCCACUGCGAAUGUGUCUCCGGCUGGCUGGAACCACUGCUGGAGAGGAUUGCUGAGAAUGAGACUGUUAUUGUUUGUCCUGUCAUUGACACUAUUGACUGGAACACAUUUGAAUACUACAUGCAAACAACAGAGCCCAUGAUUGGGGGGUUUGACUGGAGGCUGACAUUCCAGUGGCACUCAGUGCCAAAACAUGAACGUCUCAGACGCAAAUCUGAAACUGACCCAAUCAGAUCCCCAACUAUGGCUGGUGGCUUGUUUGCUGUCAGCAAGAAGUAUUUUGAGUACCUGGGUACCUACGAUACAGGAAUGGAUGUUUGGGGAGGGGAGAAUUUAGAAUUAUCAUUUAGGGUUUGGCAAUGUGGAGGCAUGUUGGAAAUUCAUCCGUGCUCCCAUGUAGGCCAUGUGUUUCCAAAGCGUGCACCCUAUGCUAGACCAAAUUUCCUUCAGAACACGGCUCGUGCUGCUGAAGUGUGGAUGGAUGAGUACAAAGAGCACUUUUACAACAGAAAUCCUUCAGCAAGAAAAGAAAACUAUGGAGAUAUUUCUGAAAGAAAGAUACUAAGAGAGCGUUUGAAAUGCAAGAGUUUUAAGUGGUAUUUAAAAAACAUAUUUGCUGAGUUGCAUGUACCAGAAGAUCGUCCAGGCUGGCAUGGUGCUAUCCGCAGUGCAGGAAUAACUUCAGAAUGCCUCGACUACGUCUUACCAGAACAUAAUCCUACUGGGUCUCACUUAUCUCUCUUUGGAUGUCAUGGCCAGGGAGGCAAUCAAUUUUUUGAAUACACAUCGAAUAAGGAGAUUAGAUUUAACUCUGUUACUGAGCUAUGUGCUGAAGUCCCUCAGAAUGAAGACUUCAUAGGUAUGAGGAGCUGCCCCAAAGAUGGAUCUCCUAUUCCAGAAAUUAUUGUAUGGCAUUUCAAAGAAGAUGGGACUAUUUAUCAUCCUCAUUCAGGAAAGUGCCUUACUGCUUAUCGUACAACUGAGGGACGUGCUGAUGUGGAAAUGAGAACUUGUAAUGUUGCAGAUAAAAAUCAGAUUUGGAAAUUUGAGAAAUAAUCACAGCUGGUCUAAAAUGGACUGUGGUCUCCAACGUUUCUACACGUGUGAGCGACAUUUGAUUGUAUGCAUUGGAAUGCCUUCUGGCGCUCUGUAGCAGUGUAGAAACUAUAUCUGCUGUGGUGAACUGUAUGGAAAGCAAAAGUAAAUACUGAGGUUUAAUUUUUCAAAUGUUGAGUACAGAUCUAAUGCCUUUUAUUUUUGUAAAGUUUUGAUUCAUUAGUUUCUUACUUUGGUCUGUCUUGGUUAUGGUAAAACAGGCUCUUGAGGGGACUGAGGAGAGAUUUUUUUCUUUAAUAAAAAGUGUACACAUUAAACGUGCAGGAUAAUGUUACGUGAAAGUAAAGAAUCCUCAGUUACAGAAGUAAAAGUUAAAGUUCUUGUAGUGGAAUUAACUGACCAAUGUUGCAGAUACGUUAUAGCAAGUGCAUCUAACACACAGAGUAGUACUACAGUAGCAUGUACUUGGAUUGUUAUGGAUGUGGAAAGUUGAAUCUUGAACCUUGUAAUGUCCUGCAGUUUUCUGGGAAUUAACACACUCUUAAGAGUUUCAAGGUGGCAACUAGGUCUAUACUACGUUAAAGAAACAGACGAUUCUGUAGUAAAUGGGCUUUGGCACUGUUUCAUAGUCUUGUGCCUCUUCUGGAAAUCUUCCUCAUUGGGAUGAGUCAGUUGAUCACGUGUUUAGAGAGGAGUAUGGUGGCAAUGGAACUAGGGACAUGCUGACAGUAUAGGAAUAAAUAGGGAUGGCUGCAGUAAGAAUUCUGUUUCAAAGUAAUGGAGAAAGCAAGCAAGCACAGAAUUGCAUUACCUACUACUCUGUCUUAGGUAUAUGAUAUUUAUAUUACCUUUGUGUAAGCUUUUCCAUAUUGGCCCUUUCAUCCUAGGGACACAGCUUAUGUGACUACACGGUGUAUCCAUUUUUUUAUUUGGUCCAUCAGCAUGGUAAGGGAAGGAGAGACAGAGGGAAAACUUGGGCUGUUUUAUUUUGCAUCAUGUGUUUUUUGCGACAGCUGGCACACAUCAGCCAUGGGUUGAGUUUUGAAGUACUGCAGCGUGCUCUGUCUUUUUAUAGUCACGACAGUACCAUGGGAGACAUCGGAUAGAGUUGGGAAGGUGGAGGUCUUGAAGUAGAGUUGAAAAGGUGAAUGGCAGUUUGGAGGAAACUUAAGAUUUGUUGGUUAGAUAGUUCAUGAAACAACUUAAUUACAGAAAACAUUCUAUCCUAUUAUGCAGUUUUGGGGCUUAUUGAUUCUUGUGUUACUAAUCAGUUUUGAGGGAGAUUCUAGACCGUAGAUGUGAUAGAUAUUUUUCGUACUUGGAAAAAAAAUGUUGUGUUAAUAUCUGGUUUUAGGUUUAUAUGAUUUAAGUUCAAAACUUAACUUUUCAGGCAUUUCAGUUUUUUUUGAUUACUUUCAUUGAAGUGAUAAAUGUUCUUCAGUAGCUACAGUGUAGUAAUUCUUGACAUGGGGCAGGUAGGCAAUAACUUGAGCUCAUGAGCAAUAAAAGUCUGGAUACUUGAGGAAUGUAGUAAGUGUGCAUUUGUUACAGGUGUUGCUAGGUAGAAGGGUUAAAAGGGAACAGAUGAGACCUGAAAUAAGUGAAGAUUUGCCAAAAAUAAAGCAAGAAUAAAUUAAGACUUAUUCUUGAAUCUUGGAGUUUUUAAAGGGCUGAGAGGUUUGGGUGAAAGCAAUCUAAGAUAGGAGGGGAUCAUUGAAUCGUGCUAAAAUUGCUUGCCACUGUGUGGCAUGGGUUGUUUUAAGUCUUUAACUUGUUUGAGGAAGCUACUUGCAA